AUGAGGAAGACAUCCACGGUACCGGAGAUUAAACCGUUGGAUCAGUACGACUUCAACCGAGCCAAGGUGUGCGCCAGUGUCCGGUGGCUACUGGCGAAGUCAUACGGAUCCGCAGAGAAUGUCCCGGUGGAGCUGCGAGAGCCUCUGUACAGAGACAAGUAUGAGCAGGAGCACCUCAAGCCCUCCGUCUCCCAACUACUCCUGUCCCCUGAGCUGUACUGUAGGACCCAGGCCCUGCUCCACGGGGUCUCCCAGCCCGCUUCUCAGGGGCCCCCAGGGGACAACUCCGCACUGCUGCAGCUCCUCACCAAGAGGGGCCUGGAGCCCAGGGACCAGGAUGUGGCCAUCACAGAGGAAGACCUCAGCCACACGCCCAUCAAGACGAGGGCCCACCUGGUCCUGAUUGACUCGCUGAUGUCACUGGCUGCCAUGGAGACGGUGGGCAAGGUCAAGAUGACGGCAGAGGCAGAGAAAAUGGGAGGCGGGGCUCCGUGGGAGAAUGCCCUCCUCUUCUGGGUUAACCGGUUGAAUCAGAAGUUGAGAGAGAGCACUGAGGAUGAGGAGGUCCCAACCUGCACAGACCCACAGCCUGUUCAACCAACAUGUCCCACCCGCUGGUACUGGAAACUGGUCCCACAUGCCAUCGCUUUUUGUUUGAAGGAGGAGUCUGGGAAUAAACCUCCAGUGAUCCGUUAUAGGAAGGAUAAGGUUCUGUCUAAGCAGACUCCUACUUUUCCUCUGGUGUCUGGUGUAAGGGAUCUGUCUAAUGGCUGUGCUAUAGCUGCUGUUCUCCACUACUACUGUCCUGACCUGCUGCCACUAGAGGAUGUGUGUCUGAAGGACACCAUGUCUGUAGCAGACAGUCUGUAUAACCUGCAGCUGAUCAGAGAGAUCAGUGAGACCAGUCUACAGAGGUGCUGUCACCUGGAGCUGGAGGACCUGCUCUACGCCCCGCCCACACUACACGUGAACAUCAUGAGUUUCAUAGCAGAGCUGCUGGGAUGGUUCGAGGUGCAUAAACCUGACUUUGUCAAGCCAUUACUACCUCUGGACCUGACAGAUGCCUCGGGGUUGUUGGACGGCACCAGUCCUGUCAGUGGGAACAGCAACAGUGGCUCUCCCUCCUAUAUCUUCAAACAGCCCUUUGUCCCCAUAUCCUCUCCUGCGUCAUCUGAAGGGAACAUGUGGACCAAGAAACAGAUCCGUCGUCCUCUCUCGGCUGUGACCUUCAGUAUCCCAUUUGGUCUGGACAGUGACGUGGACGUUGUCAUGGGCAACCCCGUGCAUUCCGCCAGCACCAACAGCCUGACCACCGGCGUGCCCGCCAUGAUGACUUCAUCGAGCAUGAUGUCAUCGGGGAUGACACGGGUCCCCUACAGCCCCCCCGAGGACCUCAGUCACCUGCCAGAGCCACGCUUGCGUCCAGAAGGAGCUCCUGCAGGUUUCUUCCUUCAUUCUCCUGAAGACGACCUGACCCAGCUCAGCAGCUCCGCCCCCUGCCGCUCCGGAAUGCUCUACCGACCAAUAGGAGGGGAGGGGGGCGGAGGAGAGAAGCGGAGAUUGGGAGGCAGGGAGAGGGGGGAGAAGGGGAGACGGACAUCGGAUGGCUCGCGGGACGAUGACUCGGUCCUCCGCGACGGAAGUGUGGACUCAUCGGAAGCUUCCGACGACCUUCCUAGAAAUGCCCCCGGCAACGUCCGCCCUGGCCACGAUCGUCACGGCAACGGCAGCGUCAGCAACACCGGUGGCAGUAGCGGCAGCCCGCGGAUGACGAGCUUCGCCGAGCGGCGGGACAGAAGGAGACAGCCGGCCGCACCGGGAGAGGAGUCAGCCAGCACCCCGACCCCCACCACCCCCACCCUCCAUACCCCCACCCACACCACCCCCAGCCCAGGAGGGAAGCACCCUGAGCCGGGUACAGAGGCCUGGGAGCUGGGGGCCCGCCUGGAGGAGAAACGCAGAGCCAUCGAGGCCCAGAAGAGACGCAUAGAGGCCAUAUUCACCAGACACAGACAGAGGCUGGGCAAGACUGCCUUCCUACAGCUGAAGAGAGGAGAGGGAGGAGAGGAGCCUAUAUCUCUGGAGGAGCGUCUCAGCCGCAUGGAGGAGAAGGGGGCCGAGAAAGGGGCGGAUAAAUGGGAGGGGCCUGAGCCGGGGGGAGGGGCUGUUCUUGGGGAGUAUAAUGAGGUGGUCCUGAAGCUGAGUGAGGCUCUGAGGUCACUACAGAAUGACAUGCAGAAACUGACCCAACAACAACAACAGCUAAUGGGCAAGAAGACCACACCCAAAACUACACCUAAAACCACACCUAAAACUACACCCAAAACGACACCUAAAAGUACACCCAGGACACCACCCAGGACCCCCACUAAGAGUCCGACUAGAACCCCGACCAAGAGCAUCAGUAAGGUUUGGGUGAUCCCUGCAGGCUCCAAACCCCCCACCUCCACUACCUCCCCCUCUCGCAGGGCCCUCCCCCAGCUCUCCUCCACCCCUCCCAAAACCCCCAUCUCCUCCUCCUGCCCUGCCCCACGCACUAAGAUCCACUCCUCCUCCCCCCGUAGCCCUAAACACCACCCGCGCCCCUCCCACCCCCACCCCCGCCCAUCUGAGUUGAAGUUCCCUCCUUCCACCCGUGUCCUCACCCCCCCGCAGCAUGUGGACUCCCUCCCCCACCUGCGACGUGUCUCCCCCAGCCAGUGCCAGGUCCAGACCUCCUCCUCUUUCCGUAUCGGGGGCCCCUGCACCCCCCAGGAACCCCCUGCCGCCAUGCUGCCCCAGCCUGAGGAGAGUACCUCGGAGACGGGCUCCAGCGAGACGCCCACCCAGUUCAGCCUGGAGCUGGAGGAGCAGGAGGGGUCAGGGGGAGGCCGGCCCGUGUUUCCCCAGCCCAGGAGAGGCCGUUCUGGGGGUGGUAGCAGCUCUGGAGCCCCCUCCGAGGGCUCCUUUGAGAGGCCAGAGGGGGGCAGCGACGAGCCAACUGACACAGAAGGACAGGAGUUCUUCUCUGACUCCAUGAGCGACCACACAGAACCUCCAACAGGAGAAACGUUGGAACCUACGGAACCCACGGGAGAACUGAGAGAAUCUACGGGGGAUCAAGUAGAACCAAGAGUAGAACAGACACAGAACACAGAACUCCUAGAACCCUCAGUGGAACCCACAGAGCAGACGGAACCGGAGGCGAGAGGAGGGGUUGGAUUCUUCUUCAAGGAGGAGGUGCGUUGUGAAGAUGAGAUGGCUCAGAGGAGAGCUGCUCUGUUGGAGAGACAGCAGAAAAGAACAGAGGAACUGAAGAGGAGGAGACAGUGGAACGAACAGGAGGAGGAGCGAAGAGGCUCUCUCCCACAGACCCCUCCCCUGUCCUGCACCCCUCCCCCCGCCGCCGGUGUCCCCUCCCUCACCCCCCCGACCACGCCCAGUCGCCGUGGUGAUUUCACGCGGAAGGAGUACGCCCACCGCCAGCAGAUACGCAUCAUGUCUGACCUGGAUAAGGUGCUGCGUCAGAAACCCACCAAUCAGGGACGAGUCGCCGCCAAGAAGUCCCGCCCCCGACCUCGGAGCAUGACCCGGGAGGAGUCACAGCUGUCCCGCAGCCCAGCAAAGAGCACUAUGGGUCCUAAGUUGACUAAGGUGUACUCACACUCCUCUCUCAACCUGGCUGCUAUGGCUGAUGACUCAGAAAGCCCCGUCCCUGACAACACCGUCCCUGACAACACCGUCCCUGACAACACCGUCCCUAACCCUAGCAAGAAACCAUCCAGCCGCCCUGAUUCGCCCUCACGUCUGAUGUCACCGAGCCGACUGGCCAAUCAGAACGGAGACAAGGACUGGGAGAUCGGCUCCAAUGGCUCCUCCCCUUCCAUUCCAGAAUACACCGGGCCCAAACUGUUCAAAGAGCCGAGCUUCAAGUCCAAUAAGUUCAUCAUCCACAACGCCCUGUCUCGCUGCUGUCUGGCUGGCAAGGUCAACGAGACUCAGAAGAACAAGAUGGUGGAGGAGAUGGAGAAGAGUCCAGCCAACCACUUCCUGAUUCUGUUCCGUGAUUCCAACUGUCAGUUCCGAGCCGUCUACACCAUGAGCCCCGAGACUGACGAGCUCGUCCGAUUGGCCGGGGUGGGCCCGCGUGUCGUAAGCCCCGCCCUGGUGGAGUCCAUCUAUAAGUACAGCUCCGACAGGAAACAGUUCAGCUGUAUCCCGUCCAAGACCAUGUCCAUGAGCGUCGACGCCUUCACGUUACCAGGACACCUGUGGCACAGCAAGAGGCCUAGCAAGCCAAAAUAA